AUGGUUAACAUUUUCGAUGUGAUAUGUGAAUCGGAUAUUUCCAUUGCUAAUAUGGUUUCUCUGUGCACCGGCUACGCAAUUAAAAAAAAUGAUCAUUUACCCAAGAGUAUUUGCGCAAUCUGUCUGCGAGAUGCGCAAAACGCAUUCGACAUUAAAGAAACAUAUGAGAGAAGUCACCAGUUCUACAGCUUCUUUAAUGAGAUACGUGAAGAGGAACACGAUAGUAUAUCAAUCUGUUUCGAGAAAUUAACAACCAAGACAGAAGAAUCAAGUAACCACGCAGAACCUGGUCAAAAGAUGAACAGAGAAAUAAAACAGUCCAGUUCCCAAGCGAGUAUAACGUAUUUAGAAAAGAUGGAUGAUGAUUCAAAAAAAGAUGUUAAUUAUGACGAUGAUAAAGAUUAUGAGCCUGGUACUCACGAUGGCAACGAUAAACUGUCUCUAAAUUGCUCACAUUGUCCAAAGACUUUUCGAACGAAAUCAGGACUUGAUACACACAUUCGAACACACACAGGAGAACGACCUUUUAAGCUCCAAUUUAAGUGUUCCCACUGUUCAAAAACGUUUCCCCAUAUAUCACGUCUUGAAACACACUUGCGAACCCACACAGGAGAACGACCGUUUAAAUGUUCCCACUGCUCAAGGGCAUUUGCAUUUCAGCCAAAUCUUAAGCGGCACUUGCUAACGCACACAGGAGAACGACCUUACCAGUUGUUCGCAAUGUCCGAUGAGUUUUACCACUAG